AUCAAUUGCAACGAACUCAUCAUAAAAUUUUCUCAUGGUAUUCUGGAUGACAUGUUUCGGACAAGAUACCAUGGCCAGUGCACAGGCUGUGCCGCGGCCUCCAUGUCAACGGUACCUCAACCUCACCGUGGCCUCCCGGUCCGCCGUCGUUGAAUUCGUGGGCUGGCGGAGCACUUACUGUAUCAUUCCUCUCGACUGGCAGGUCUUUGGUGUACCAGUACUGCAGUUUCAGCUCUCUCAUCUUGCAAACAGCCUUCUAGACAAAUUCUGGCACCAUGGCGUCAUGUUUGACCUUGAUGAGGCCAUCGACCCUCUUCCUCCGCCCCCCGGUCAUUCAAAUCGAUCCUCGUCUCUGAAAAAUCUUGCAAUCAGCCUUCACAACAGAUUCCGGCAGCGUGGAAUCACGUCUGAACUUGAUGAGGCCAUCGAGUUACAUCGGGAUGCAUUAUUCCUCCGUCCCCCUGGUCAUUCAGAUCGAUCCUGCCUUCGCGACAGAUUCCAGCAGCGUGGUAUCAUGUCUGACCUUGAUAAGGCCAUCGAGCUGCAUCGGGAUGCAUUACUUCUCCGUCCCUCCGGUCAUUCAGCAUCUCGCUCAGAUCUUCGUGUCGCUAAGUCAUGGGCGGCUCUCGCUGACACCCUCAAUCACGCCUCUGCAUUACUUUCCUAUAACACUGCACUGAAAUUCCUGGACCAGCAUGAUGCUCUCUUGUCGCCUUCUUCGCAUCAUUUCGACGUCAUCAGGAAGGCUGUAUCUUCCCUUGCUACAGAUGUUUUUUCAUGCAGUGUUCGUCAUGUUGCUCUGACGACUGCGGUGGAGCUGGUGGAGCAAGGUCGUGCAGUGUUCUGGACCCAGUUGGCACGCUUCAACACGCCCCUGGAUGAACUUUCUGUUUCAGGUGAUACAGACCAGUAUCCACAAAUCCGGCAACUGACCAUGCAAUGGGAUGACGUGGUUUCACGGAUUCGCAUGCUUCCCGACUUUUCUCGGUUUCUCUUGCCUCCCCUUUUCUCCGACCUACAGAAGGCAGCUGAAGAUGGUCCUGUCAUCAUUGUCAAUGCUAGUCAGUACCACUGCGACGCCUUGAUCGUCCUGAGCGAUGAAUAUCCUGUCCACGUUCCGAUUGAUAUCACGCAGACCGAAGUUGCCGAUUUGUCUUCCAAGUUCCAGUCCCUUUCAAAAGAAUUUGGUUCCCUUGAAACUCAACUCAAGCUUGUCAGCAUCCUUCGUAAAAUUCGGCAUGGCGUCGUUGGCCCUGUAGUACAAGCCCUUAAGAUAUCAAAUAUUCGCCAUGAUUCGCGUAUCUGGUGGUGUCCCACUGCUGAGUUCACGCUGCUUCCUCUACAUGCAGCAGGUGCUUACGAGAAGAAGAGAGACAGUCUGUCUCACAUCUACAUAUCCUCGUACACCCCCACUUUGGCCACGCUUGUUCGUGCGAGACGGCAGGUUUCACGAGAUGGAUCCUUGCAACAUUUUGCUGUCAUUGUUCAAGGAAACGGAGGGAAGCCACUUGAAUGUGUAGCUCCCGAGGUAGCCGUUGUCGCCAAGCGUCUCGGACACGUCGUGUCGUCCUUCACGUCGCUCGAGGACAGCGACGCAAUAGUCAAGGGUGCAUUUGAUGCGCUAAAGCUGAUUGGUUCCAUGUGGUCGGUCGACGAUGAGGUCGCACAGGAGGUCGUGUCUGCUUUUUACGACCACCUGAUCGAUGGUUCAGGGAGACUGGACUGCACGCGCGCUGCAAUGGCGUUGCACAAGGCUGUGAAGAAAUUGUGGCGCAGUGAUAUUCCACUGCAACAGCGGAUUGUAUUUGUUCACAUCGGUGUGUAG